AUCCGUCCAAGUUCGCUUCUGCGGUUCUACAGCAUCUGCACGAUUGGGGAGUCCGGUGGCUCGCAAGUAUGAAGGCUGUAAUUUAUGUUCGUACGUCGCCGUCAAGCUCCCGCAUGCUCGCUUGCUCACCUAACGCGCAGUAGAUCCGACGUCUAUCUAUGUAUCCUAUAUUCUGGGGCUCCUCCCCUCAACUGUCUUGCUCAUUCUCGCGUCUUUCGCGUUCGUAGGCAGAGUCGAUUUUCUUCUCCGAGGAGAGACCGAGAGAAGGAAAAAAGAAAAAAAGAAAAAAAGAACACGAGAUCCCCCCUAGAAAACCCCGGAUCUAGCCCUCCGCCGGUCAUCGCGAUCCCCAUACAUACUAUCCCAAUCCCAUCUAUCCUAUCCCACCCUUACCCGCGCAUCCGCAACAUCGCACGCCUCGAUCUAGUUAAGAUCGACAGCGAGAGAGCUCAGCUCGGCAGCCCUGUCUCCUGCUCUCCGCACCCCGCUCCCCCCCGCCUUCGCGAAAGCAGUAUCCCAUCCCAUCGCCUCCUCCUCCUUCUCCUUUCGCGACGCUUCAUCGCGCCGUCCCCUCCGUUCCUCUCGGCCGUCGCUCUUCUCCCCGUCUCUCCGCCCGCGCUAUCGACUUAGACCAGGUAGUAGGCGCCUGCUACGUAGCAAGUUGUGUGGGGUAAGUAAGGGUGAGAAGGGGUACGGGCACUUAAGUAUGCAGGUAGGUAUAUUCGCAG